AUGCAGACUGCUUCUACAAACAUUGGUGAAAGAAUGGGUCGCUCUCAGGAGCUCAGUGACUCCAAGCGUGGUCCCGUGAUAGGUGGCCACCUGUGCAAUAAGUCCAUCCGUGACAUUUCCUGGCUACUAAAUAUUCCACGCUCAACUGUUAGUGGGAUUAUAAACAAAGUGGAAGUAACUGGGAACAACACCAACUCAGCCACCAAGUGGUAGGCCACAUCACAUGACAGAGCGGGGUCAGCGCAUGCUGAAGCACACAGUGUACAGAAGUCGCCAACUGUCUGCUGAAGACCUCCAAACUUUGUUUCCAGUGAAGGGAACUCUUAAGCUGUCAGCAUAUUAAGACAUUUUGGACAAUUUCAUG